UGUCAAACCGUCAGCAAUAUUAUUUGCUGUCAACUCUUGACGAGUCUCUGCUGCCUCACAUUUAGUUUGGAAAAUUAGAAAAAGAAAAAUCGAAUAUUUCGGAAAGUAGCAAAUUUUGUUUCUUCUUUCGGUAAAACAGUGAAAAGUUGUCCAGAAAUUUAGUUUUAAUAGUUGCCAUCUGUCAUGGGCUUUGACAUUGUCUUGAUUGUGGGCCACGUGGACGAGGAGCUGCUUUGUCCGAUUUGUGCCGAUGUCCUAGAGGAGCCGGUCCAGUCGGUGGGCUGCGAACAUGCCUUCUGUCGGCAGUGCAUUGAUAGGUGGAUGCGUCUGAAGCAGAUAUGCCCGGUGGACCGAUCCAACCUGCAGCCCGAAAAUCUGGUGAACGUAUCUCGGCUGAUGCGCAACAUGCUUGCCCGUUUGAAGAUCCAGUGCAGCUUUACGGAGAAUGGCUGCGAUCAGCUACUGACGCUCGAGGGUUUCCGGGCCCAUGUGGCCAGCUGCGAGCACAAUCCCAAGCUGAUUGUGGAGUGCCAAAAGGGUUGUGGCAUCAAGGUGCCCAAGGACAAGCUGGCCACCCAUAACUGCAUCGAGGAGCUGCGCGAUACAGUCAAGGUUCUGCUGGGCGACUUAAAGGAGCUGAAAGAGUCACAGAUCAGUCAGCAGCUGCGCAUCAUGACCCAGCGCCGGGAGCUGGAGCUGCUGCAGUACUACAUCUCGGCGCUACGUUCCAGUAAUCCGGUGAUCCAUGGCAUUGGCGAACAGUUGGAUCGCUACUCGCUGAUGCAGUGGGGCAACGCCCUGCCCCUGGCCAGGGUCCGCAACUGGGGCAGCCUAGUCUCCACCCCGGACAUACCCAUGCACGUGAUGGUCCGCGAGAGCCUGCGCGCCAGCGGCUGUCCGAUGCAUCUGUUUAACAUGAUGGUGGACCGCUGUCACGAGGACCGUUGGCCCAAGGGCCUGUCCACCCUGAAUGCUCGCCGCGAGAGCCAGCACCUGUACCAGUAUGUGCCACGUCUGCUGCCACCUUUAGUCAUUGGGAAGCCGUGUGUGGUUGUUCUGGGUGGCGAUAAUACACACAUGCCGCCGGAUCUGGUGCCGUCCCUGGGUAUGGUCUUGAUCUUUGUAGACGGUGUGACUGAGUUGCAGCAGGAAGCGCAGCAGGAACCGCAGCUGGAAAGCAGCUAUGCCUAAGAGGCUAUACUCUCUGGUAACACGUAUUUUCAAGGACAAAACAUAAGCGACGCGGAGAUGCUACUGGAUCUUCUUCAAUUGUCCUGGGAAUAAUGAUUUUAAUGUUUAAAAUUAACAACACAAAUAAGACGAGCAAUCGACCUCCGCAUUUAACAGAGCGCAACAAUAUUACUUUAAAAAUAACGGAAACAAAAAAAACAAUGAAUUUUGAUUUGGAAAACUCAUUCCAAAAUAGGGAGUUAUGAUUAUGCAAACGAAUAAAUAAUAAUGUAAAAUGAA